AUGCUGGCGUGUGAUUGGCUCAGCAGGAGCGAGGUGGUGGUGGUGAAGGGGAAGCUGAAGCUGUUCUCUCUCUCGGGUCUCGUGGCGGCGCUCGGCGUCGUGGUCCUGCUGGUGGGCGUCGUCAUGGCAACGCUGGGCUACUGGCCGAGGGACGGGCUGUUCUUCAGCGGACGGCCACAGGAGGGCGCCACGCUCGCCUCCGUGUCCUCACCUCACGUCCAGGUGAGUGGAACCUCCUCACACGCAGGAGGUGCUCAGGGAGGAGGAGGAGGAGGAGCAGGAGGAGGAGGAGGUGAUGAAGGAGGAGCAGGAGGAGGAGGAGGAGGUGAUGAAGGCUUUAACCAAUCAGAGAGCAUCAACGGGACGAGUCCUCGAAGUUUUCUGGAGGAUUUCCUCGACAGGUAUCUGAGCUCUGAUAGGCUGAAGGUCCUGGGCCCCCUGGUGAUGGGGGGGGGGGUCUUCGUGUUCAUCUGUGCGAACGCCGUUCUUCACGAGACCCGCGACCUUCAGACGAAGGUCAUCGACCUGCGAGACAUUUACUCCACCGUCAUCGACCUGCACAGGCUCCGCCCCCCCGCCGCCCCCCCGGCGACCUGCACAGGCUCCGCCCCCCCGCCCCCCCCUCGGCCAAUCCCCUCAACGGACUCGUUAACUACGUCCAAUCGAAGAGCCUGGAGACUAAGUCCCGCCCUCCCCCCUCCCUGA